AUGAUCAAAAUAAUCUUCUUGAUUGCCAGUCUGUUCAUUUUGAAUAGCUAUCAAACGAAUUAAUUGGUUGCAACUUAUUUUACGGCUAAUACAUUUUCAAACACCGAAGGUAUUGCUAUAUUUUUCUAUAAAUAGGAUGGGGAAUUAUAGGUUCAUCAGCAAUUUAUGAUUUGCAAAUGGGUAAGUCCGUUUUUGGAGGAAACAACGGUUUUGCAGUCGGAACAACAAUAUACAAAUUAGUAGAGGUUCCUUAUGCUCACCAUACUCUCAGAAUAAAAUUCAGAAUUUGGGCGUAAGAUCAAUAUGAAGCUAUAAUAGGAUGAAUAAAUGGGAAAGUGAAUACAUAGUCAUUAAGGCUGAUGGAGUAGUAGUGAAUAAACAACUGGUUCAUUCUAGUUUGACAUCUAAUUUCGCACAAUACUUAUUUUAAGAAAUCUUUUUCUUCCACUCCGCCCCAAGUGUUCUCCUAGAAAUUACGUCAACUUUGAAUGAAGCCAAUAACAAUGUAUUUUGAAUGUUUUAACAAUUAGGAAUCAUGGGGAGUUAGAGACAUAGAAAUUUAAGCAGUGAAAUGUCCUAUUGGAUGCGAGUUAUGCAGUUUCACCGAUACACCUGACACAUGUUCUGAAUACAAAUUUGAAACCUCCAAUUUUGCAACAGACACGUUUACUACAAAUCAAGGAUGGAUAGUAUAAGAUUGGGUUGUCCAACAACUGUUUUGCGACAGUAAUAAUUGAAUUAAUGAUAUAGAGAUCUAAAUGUUUGGAUAUUUUCCUACUGGAGUUUCAAUCUAUAAGAGAUACUAUUUGCAAGCAUCAUUUUAUAAAGUAAAAGUGAAGUUUCUAUUCUGGAAAAUCGAUGCCAUUUCCUCAUCCAUAUCUCAUGCCCUUUAUGCAAAUGGAUAAUAAAUAUGGACUUAUGACAAAACUAAAAGCAAAACAUUGAGUAUAUGCUCACUUGCAGCAAAUGAAGAAUAUUCUUAUGUAGAUGUUGAAUUUGAAUCCAAUUCCCAAUUGAUAACAUUUUAGUUUUAUUCUGAUUCAGUUGCAGGGGAAUAUUACGGAAUUAGAGACUUCUAUAUUUAUGUGUUGCUUUGUGAUGAUUAAACAGCGUUGUGUUCAAAAACCUCAAGCUAAAUCGAUGUGACUACAGAUUUGAUUGAUUUUCAAUAAAGUGUUACAUCACUAGUCAGUUCUUUUUCAGGCAGUCUUCCUUCUGAAUGGUCAUCCUAUCAAUCCUUCUCUGCAACAACCAGACUUAGCCAUUCCUUUUGCACAGAAGCAUCAACUCCCAUCUAAUUCAUGUCAUUAUAUGAUAAAUUGUACAAGGAUUUUACCUUUAAUCCUCAUAAGACACUCAAAAUGAUCUUUUAUUUGUAUUCACAGUCCAAAGAAAAUAAUAUCCUCUUGUAUGCAGAUGACGUUCUAGUCGAUACGAUUACAAUUGGAUACAGUUCCAAUGAUAUCAAUUGUGGAGGCUCUGCCCAAGGGGAUAAGUAUGAAGAAUAUACUCUAUAUGCUGUAGAGAUUGAUCAUACCUCUUUAAUGACCAGGAUUACAUUUUUAGGCCGUACUUAUACAGGAGGAAACUUCUUGUAAGGAUUCAAUAAAUUUGAAAUCUACACAGGCAAUUGUGAUUGUGAUGUCUGCACCGAUUCAGGCACAUGUGCAACAGUGUACUCACUAGUGGAUAUUGAUUUCGCUUAAGAUUCCCUCUCAGAUAAUGAGAAAUGGCAACUUAUAUCAUAUAGUAUCUCUGCUUCUACCUGUAAUUUUUAGGAAAUCUUGGGAGGGUAUAAUAUUCUCACUAAGAUAUAACAAGUAAGAGCCUUGUAUAAAGCAUUGCCAACACAUAACUCAAUUAGAAUUCAGAUGAAUAUUUAUUUCAUCGGCAAUUGGGCAAACACUGAAUCUUUAGUUAUCCUCCUUGAUAACACUGAAAUUUGGAGACAGAAAGUCCUUUAAGCAAAUUAUGCAUCUCAACUUUGUUCUGGUGGUGGGGCAUCUUACUAAGUUGUCGAAGUAGACCUCUUCGUAAGUCACUCUCCGACGGAUUUUACUUUAAUAUUCAAUAUUGAUUCAGGAAGUGGAGAUGGUAUAUACUUAUAAUUUAUUCAUAGAAUAUUGGGGAGUAAGAGACUUUUACAUUUCAACAUCAAAUUAAAUCAUAAGUUGA